GAGCCCGAACUUCCAGCUCAGAGAAAUUUCUCAUUUCCUCUCGUCCCCGUCUCCGGCGUUUCUUGCCGUCUCAAACCUGCCCCCUCCCCCCUUGCCCCCUCUCUCCCAGUUGUGUGUUGCUCCCCUCUCUCUUAAUAGCCGUGUGUCAGUGUUGGUGUGGUGGAAGGGAAGGAGGAAGCAAGGCAAGAAACAAGGGCAGAAAAGCCAAGAAUUCCGCAGGGAGCAGAGGAGCGAGACGGGAGUAGCAGCGUAGGCCGUACUUCGGAGCAGCCGCGUUGAUCUAGGGGAUCGUAACGUAUUUUGGAACAAGGGCUUCUACAAAUUGGCUUCUCGGUAUUUUGGUUUCAGCAUAAGGCAGUGGAAUCAUGGUUUCAAAGUCUUACUCGAAUCUUCUAGAGAUGAGCUGUGGAGAUAGUGUUGACUUCAGACAACCUUUUAAGUCUCUUCCUCGUGUAGUGACUUCUCCUGGCCUUAUAUCUGAUCCUGAUUGGGAUUCCAGAAGUGAUGAUGAUUCAGUUGGUUCAGCUUCUUUUACUGAGAGGAAAAUAAUUGUUGCCAACUUCCUUCCACUGAACUGUAUGAAAGAUGAAGCUGGCCAAUGGUCCUUCUCAAAAGAUGAUGAUGCAUUACUCAUGCAACUUAAAGAUGGUUUUUCAGAUGAGACUGAUGUUAUCUACGUCGGUAGUUUGAAGGUUCAAAUAGACCCCAGUGAUCAGGACCAUGUUGCACAGAAGCUUCUUAGAGAAUAUCGGUGCAUACCUACUUUUCUCCCUUCUGAACUACAGCAGCAGUUCUAUCACGGCUUUUGUAAACAGCAAUUGUGGCCCCUUUUCCAUUAUAUGCUCCCUAUUUGCCUUGACAAAGGUGAGCUCUUUGAUCGCUCUCUGUUCCGAGCCUAUGUCCGAGCCAACAAAAUUUUUGCUGACAAAGUUAUGGAAGCAAUCAAUACAGAUGAUGAUUGUGUUUGGGUUCAUGAUUAUCAUCUCAUGCUUCUCCCAACAUUUUUGAGAAAGAGGUUGCACCGAAUAAAGCUUGGUUUCUUUCUCCACAGCCCAUUCCCUUCCUCAGAAAUUUACAGGACAUUGCCUGUAAGGGAUGAGAUCCUGAAGUCAUUGCUUAAUGCCGAUCUCAUUGGUUUUCAAACUUUUGACUAUGCCCGCCACUUCCUUUCUUGUUGUAGCAGAUUGUUAGGACUGCAUUAUGAAUCAAAACGUGGUUACAUUGGAAUAGAGUAUUUUGGCCGAACUGUGAGCUUGAAGAUCCUCUCAGUGGGUGUCCAUGUUGGGAGGCUUGAGUCUAUCUUAAAGUUGCCUUCUACAGCUAGCAAGGUUCAAGAAAUCGAACAAAGGUACAAGGGCAAGAUGCUGAUGUUAGGUGUAGAUGACAUGGACAUCUUCAAAGGGAUAAGUCUAAAACUGCUUGGAUUGGAGCUUCUUCUAGAUCGGAAUCCAAAACUUAGAGGGAAGGUGGUCCUUGUACAGAUUGUCAAUCCAGCAAGAAGCCCAGGGAAGGAUGUGGAGGAAGCAAUAACUGAAGCUGUCUCUGUAGCUGAAAGAAUUAAUGUUAAGUAUGGUUCUGCAGAUUACAAGCCUGUUGUCCUUAUUGACAAUCGUAUUCCAUUUUCUGAAAAGAUUGCAUUCUAUGCUGCAUCUGAUUGUUGCAUUGUAAAUGCUGUGAGGGAUGGUAUGAACUUAGUACCAUAUGAGUACACUGUUUGCCGGCAGGGAAAUGAUGUGAUGGAUAAGCACAGAGGUUUUGACAAAAACCACCAUCAUACAAGUACCCUAAUUGUUUCGGAAUUUGUUGGUUGCUCCCCAUCUCUUAGUGGUGCUUUCAGGGUAAAUCCUUGGAGUGUUGAUGAUGUGGCUGAUGCUUUACACAGUGCAACAGACUUGACUGAAUCCGAGAAAAGACUGCGACAUGAUAAGCAUUAUCGCUAUGUUAGUACUCAUGACGUUGCUUACUGGGCACGCAGCUUUAUUCAGGACCUGGAAAGGGCAUGCAAAGAUCACUAUAGCCAAAGGUGUUGGGCCAUUGGAUUUGGUCUGAAUUUUAGAGUUAUCGCUCUUUCUCCUGGCUUCAGAAAGCUGUCUUUGGAGCACUUCCUUUCUUCUUAUAACAAGGCUACCAGAAGGGCAAUAUUUCUUGACUAUGAUGGCACCAUCGUGCCUCAGUCAUCAAUCAACAAAACUCCAAGUGCUGAACUCAUUUCUAUCCUUAACAGCUUAUGUAAUGACCCAAAGAAUGAUGUAUUUAUAGUCAGUGGAAGAGGACGGAAUUCACUUGAUGAGUGGUUUGCUCCAUGUGAAAAGCUUGGUAUUGCUGCAGAACAUGGUUAUUUUGUCAGGUGGAACCAAGCCACUGAAUGGGAAUCAAACUAUUCGAGUCCAGAUCGUGAAUGGAAGCAUAUUGCUGAACCUGUCAUGCAAGUAUACACUGAGACAACUGAUGGAUCCUUCAUAGAGCCAAAGGAAAGCGCUCUAGUAUGGCACUAUCUGGAUGCAGACCACGACUUCGGUUCCUGCCAAGCAAAGGAAUUACUGGACCAUCUUGAGAGGGUGCUAUCAAAUGAACCUGUUGGUGUGAAGUGUGGCCAUUUUAUUGUAGAAGUCAAACCACAGGGAGUUAGCAAGGGGCUUGCUGUAGACAAGCUAAUUCGCACAUUGAUCAACAAUGGUAAGACACCAGAUUUUCUAAUGUGCAUUGGUAACGAUCGAUCCGACGAGGACAUGUUUGAAAGUAUCAAUAGCAAGGCCUGCAGUUCUGCAUUUGCCACAAUUCCAGAGGUCCUUGCUUGCUCAGUUGGGCAAAAGCCGAGCAAAGCAAAAUACUAUGUUGAUGAUACUGCCGAAGUAAUCAGAUUACUCAAGAAUGCAAGCGGCGUUUCAUCUCAACAGGAGGUUGUCAGCCAAGGCCGUGUGUCUUUCAGACAUGUGCUGGAUUAUGUGGACUGAGAUAGCAGCUAUAUUUACCUGGACUUGCUAGUCAUGAAGCAUGUACAUUCCAAUGUCCUAAUCUCUGAUGUUGCAUCCUGGAAAGCAUGUCACCCAGAAUUCUAGACUAGCCAACAUGAAUCACCACCUCCUUCAGAACUACUAGAAAUCUGCAAGCUCAAGUUUGCCAAGUUUUAGGUGAUGAAUAUUUAGGCAAUAUUUUGAUAGGAAAGGAGGAGGAUCUUUCUUGCAAACUGCCUGCGUGAAAGAAGAGCUUUUGGCUUGUGCUGCUGUUGUUGACUUGCUUCACUUACUAGUAAUUGCCUUAAUCUAAUCUCCUGCUCUAUUGGUUGUGCUGACUUUCAGAACUUUUCCUUCAAGAAAUUUGCAUUGAGAGUACUAACUUCUUUUUA